GCGUUGUAGAGAGUUUCUCUGUAGUAAAUGCGGAGAAUCCAUAUUAGAGGCAGAAAGAGGACAACUUCCAUGCAUGUUAUUUUCAAUUCCUCUAGAUCCAGACUUAGGCAUGACUUUAGCAACUUAAAAUGAUCAUGAGGAUGCUCUUUUGAGUUCUACUUCAGUUCUAUUUUUUUCAAUUCUCUUACAACAAUCUAAAUGAGAAGCAUGUCUAACACCAGACUGAGCAAGUGGAGAAAAAUUGCAUUCAUCGCGGCAUUCUUUUUCAUCGGCUUCAUUGAGAUGGGAGUCGUCAAGAGUUUUGGCGUGAUCAUCGCCGAGGUCGUCUUCCAAAUGAAUUCUGACCUCUGGACGGUUGGAUUUAUAUUUGGGGCUUACAACGGCCUAACAUAUCUACUUGGACCUUUUAUCUUACCGACGAUAAAGUACCUGAGUUUGAAACAAUCGUCUGCAAUUGGUAUCAUUGGUGGACUGUGUCUUGCGGCUUCUUCUUUUACAUCAAAUAUAGCCCAGCUGGCCACCUGUUUUGUAAUCUCAGGCGUUUCAUUUUCAUUCGUUCUUGCCGUGGCUCUUAUUCAGUUCAACACUUUUAUUUCGCCUGAGGACUUCGCGUUAUAUUUUGGAAUUACAGAUACGGGAGCUCCAAUAGGAAUGAUCCUUUUACCUAUCCUGGCAGAAUUUUUAAAAGAGACGUAUGGGUGGAGAGGCUGCAUGCUCCUCCUUGGUGGAAUCUUUCUCUACGCACCGGCAUCACUGUUGGUGAUGGCAGGCAGAAGAGAAGAUCUAGGAGAUACCUCUGAAAGGCUGCAUGUUGACGAAAGAGACAACAAUUCAAAUGGUGGGAAUGAUGUGAAUCUGCAGGCCGAGCAAGGUUCAAGUAUUGAUCUACUAGAAGGUCCAAGUUAUCAAGAAAUGGAGGACCAAGUAUCGGGCUCCCAGCAGGCAAAGAAAGCUCAAAGUCAGGAUGUCGUCAGCGCAAUAAGACACGUAUGGCGAUUCGUUUCUGAUUUCUUUGGCCUUUCCCUAUUCACAGAAGUAUCAAGUUUAUUCACAUUUUGCCUGUUUCAGCUUUCCGGCGGACUGAUAAUUACCGCAUGGGUAGUUUUCUUGAUACCACAUGGAGUUGCAAAGGGGUUUCCCCUAUCACGAGCUGUUUUUCUGGCAUCCAUAGGAGGAAUAGGAAACAUUCCAACUGGAGAGGAUCCCUUGAUAAAUGGCUAUCCCAUUUUAGCAGCUGCCACAUUUGUCAACGGCUUCACUCUCGGUGCAAGGACAACAGUACUUGUUGUCCUGACUAAAGAAAUCCUUCCUGUUGAUAAUUUUGCGACUGGAUAUGGUUUAGUAGCUUUGUUCUACGGCUUAGGGCAACCCUUAGGAGGAUUGUUAGCAGGUUGGCUUUCAGGAACCUUCUCCUACGGCAUCGCUUUCAUGUUCCUUGGUGGAUUGGAAAUUAUGGGCACUAUCUUCUUGCUACCCACUCGAUACGCGCUGAAGCAAAGAAGUGAUCGUGAGGAAUUAUAACCAAAGUUUUGAUGGGGAACGGAAAAGUUUUUUUUAUAAUGAGUGUAAAGUAAACGAAUAUAUAA